AUGAGUUCCUUGAAAAUUAUUCCUUACAAUUAUGUACCAAAAAAGCCGACCAAAGAACGCAAAUCACAGGUUGAGAAAUCAAAAAAACACGAAGUUCACAUUAUAACUCAUAAGUUGAACGAAGAGGCUAGUCUUAAUCGUCUAAAAGCAGGAAGUGAUAUCCUCAGUCCCCAGGUUCCCAGAUCUAUAGAUAGGGGUAACACCAGUACAAUAACAAACUCUGAACACCCUGAGUAUAUUGAAUAUGAAAAUCAUGAUUUUGAUAUUGGUUCCUGUAUUGAGAAUCUUGAAUCUGUCUGCGAAGAAUGGAAUCGCAUCAAUGAAACGCAAAACAUAACGUUUUCAACCAUAGCCGAGAAUGAUAAUCUCAAUACUUCCCAAGAAACUACAAGAGUUCUCAAUCAUCUAACGAAUCCUGUCAUCGAUUUUGCGGCAGAGAAAGGUUCAUCAGCAACCCCAGAGCCUGCCCAGGCUGAUAAUCCUGCGAUUAGUGCUGUCAAUUCACCAGAAUUAAGACAGGAAAAACCGUGUAAUCCCUUAAAUCACCUAGAGUCGCCUACUUCAGCCCCGCCCCUUAUGUAUUCUGAUACUGAUCGAACACUCGCUUCUAGUCUUUUGCAAGACAACGUCGAUCAUUCCGUCAAGUCCACCAACGAUAAAGCUGUACAAAUUGAUCGCAAUAUCGUCACUACUACUGAUCUAAGUAAUAUUGACGAUAAUGAUCUUGAGUUCUCUUACUCUCCUUCAUGGUAUCGAUUUGGACCAAUGACAAGUGAUUCUUUUCAAGAUUCAAAUUAUGUUGCACAAAUUUCGGAUGCUAGCUGUGGCCGUGAAUUCUACAACAUCAUCGGGAGAGAAGAUAUUGAUGGUGAGGUGCACUAUCUGGUAGAUUGGACACCGACUUUAGUUCGAGGUGAAGUAUUGAAAAGGGCCAAAGCUCAACUACUCAUCGAUCGGUUUGAAUCUCGAUGCCAAUCUCAAGCUCAAGUCGGUCUUAGAUUUGUGUAUGAUAAUCUGAACCACCGUCAAGAUUGCAAUAAAGAUUUGCCAGAGAAGCAACAGCAUAAAGAGAUAGAGAUAACAACAGAAAAUAAAAGAAACCAAUGUUCUAAGAACAAGUCGGAACAAGAGCGAUGGGAAAAUGGAGAUAUCAUUAGCACAGAUUAUUCGGAGAGCAGCACCUCUGAUUUGAGCGAUGACGACGACAAUUUCCGACCCGCGAAACAGCGAAAACUUUCCCCAAUAUCUGCCGAUCACAAGUCAACACUGCCUCAUCAACGCAACAUAAAGCAUCGCCUCAGACAGAGGUUUAGCCUUGCACCAUCUUCAAUUGAGCCACUUGAGAGAGAUAGGGUACAGUCUAAGACCAGUAAGAGAUGUCUAUCGACACCUAUCGAAAAUAGCCACAGCUAUCUCCCUAAUCUUUCAAAGUCAUCUGGAAUUACUCCCAACAGUAUAAUACCUACAGGUAUGCCAAUAUCUCGCAAUACCGUUACAAAUCUCAACGUAAAGAAAGCGGAAUCCUCGAAAACCUGCAGUGUUGUCAUAUAUUCCAAAGUGCAGGCACCAAUAUCGCGAAAAAAUUCGUCUCGAUGGACAUCAAGUGAAAACAUGAAAAUUCUCAACAUGAAAAAGCGUGGCCGUUCGUGGGAGGAAAUUCACACCGCUCUUCCAAACCGAACUCAGGGUGCAAUCCAGGUGCACUACUCUACAAAACUCAAAAACUGA